GCUAAUAGUCUUCAUGGAGACCAGAACCUGGUCCUAAUGAGGCAGAACCUCAAUUUGAUGAACGGUUUAGGGCUAACAUUUGAAUUGUGCUUAUAGGUUAAAGGAAUACUUCACAGAUUUUAGACCCACAGGUGACACUGGUGAGCACGUAACAAACCAAAGAACGAAGAUUGGCCUUGGCCCAAAGACAUGAGAUUCAGUUUGAAGGGACUAGUCAGUGCCAUGCGUCCCCUCUAAGUAGUUGAGUAUUCAUUUUUAUCAUGAUUCAGUGCUAGCACGAAAAGCAGAACUAAUGUGACUCAGUAUUGUAGUACCAUCGUCAUUAAACUAAUGAACAGGUCAGCUCCCUUUGAGUUUGUCGUUCACACAUGAUAAACAGGAUAUUGUCUCUAUUUCUCUUGUUGGGUUAGGGUUAAGGUUUCUAUGAACGGUCUAAAUUGGAAGUACCAUAGUGCAGGGGUUGAAAGCAGCUUUUGUCUUGUUUGGGUCAAGGAUGCUCCUCUGACACUGGGUCAGAGAUCUCGCUGUCUCGCAGCACAUCAGCAGACAGCCCUGUGUUCUUAUGAGAGCAGUUAGUUCCCUUAAAUCAUUUCCUGAACAUUUUGGCCAGUUUAUUCUGUAAACAUCAAAAGCACAAGUUGCCAGUUUUUAUUAAAAAUGUUUUCCUUCAGGCUAAUUUUACCCCCAGACGUCCGAAGUAAUGGGACACAGGGCAGAGGUCAUUCAUCAUUCAUCGGUAACGGUGACAGAACACCGGGCACCACAUCUGGAAAAGUGGAAGUGAAAGAUGCUGAUGAUGACAUCUGAAAAGGCCUCUGAGCAGCUUGUUUUUUUCUUUUUUUUUGUCCUUGAGGAUUCACUUAGAACCAACACUCGCUGUAAUUCCUGCAGGAAUGAAUCCAUUGUGUUGGUCAAGAGUCUGGGCUGAUAUUGAAGUAACUGGAGCCGCUGGAAUCACUUAAGGAAAGGUUUUCUGCUCUCUCCCCUGCUGGCUCUCUUCCCACUUAAUUCAUUACGUUAAAGAGUACCCCAGGGUUGUGCUAUUGUGCAUGAGCUGACCAUUCACUGAUCAAUUCAAUGGACUUCUCUUUGUUCAACAGUGGCUAUUCAUUUGGCUCCAUCAGCUACUUCUCAAAUACUUCACCGACAAAAGGUACAUGGGCAUUCAUUCAAAGCUGCACCGGGACAUUUGGAUAAUAAGUGACACUGACAUUUCACACAUGCAAAACAGACAAACGUCAUGAACACUUGAAGCAGGUGAAUAAGGUGUAAUAUGUUUAAAUCGGCCAGCCCGUGGUUAAGAGGAAAAGCAAUUGGGCUUGUAACGGGAGGUUUCUUUUGUAUUCUGUCAAAGACACUUUGACGUAUGUUUGUUUACCUUAUUUCAACGAUAAACAAAAGCUAAUACUGUGCACCUUUUUUUUUUUUACACACGUUGAGGUGUACAAAGGUGAUAUGAUAUGUCUAAUGCACUUUUUGAAAAUGUGAGUUUGUAGUCAAAUAGCCCUGCCCUAUUGCUACCCGGUCACUGAUAAGUGCUGAAAUUCAUUAUCACUAAUUGGUUUGUGUGCAAAUAUAACCAAUUCUAACUCUAACAUCAGUAUGAAACUGCACUUUUCAUUCACCUGUUCAUGUGAGAUGGUGCCAAAUACAAAAAGCUCCUCCAACUGUUUGCAUGCACUCAUUCUACCACUGCACUACUGUACCAUUAAUCUAUAAGUCGGAUAGAAAUAUGCUUGUGUUUUAAACAUGUAUAGAAGAAUAUAGAUUCAUAUACAGAUUUUUCUGUUGGGUUUUCUAAUAAUAAGUGAUAUAUGAUGAGAGAUUGGCAGUUGUGUUCUUCCAGGAGAAACACUGUCUUUUAAUCAGUGUGAAAUUUGAUGAGUCAAUAGUGUGAGUAAAUACUUGUAUACGAGGGUCAAACCUGAAGCCUUUGCCAGCUGUUAUUUUAUAUUGUGUGAUUGUUUUGCUUUAUCCAGCAGAUGUAGCUGUAAAGAUGCUCUUUUUGCUGAUAAGAUAUAAUCCCAGCCUUUAAUGACAGUUAUAAUUGAGUUUUAAACACAAUAAAAGCAUGACAUAUCAACAGUCAGCUCAGGGGUGUGUUUAAUAUUUGGACUGUAUUACAUUGAAGACUUCCUGAACUUGGGAGUAUACAGUCAGCAACAUUAAAGCAAUAACUGAAGCCAAGCUGUAAACCAGUGCUGCGCUCUCUGAUCUCAAGUCCAAAGGGACAGGCAGAAUCCAGCAGUGCUGCCAUAACAAAGUGAGAUGUUGUCAUUACUGAAAGUGACAACAAGUCCAAACACAGCCAUGGCCGUGAAUGAGGAGUGGGGGAAGCCCGUGGAGAGGAAAGGGAGAUUAACUACAGUCCUGAUACUGGCAACACUUAUAUCUGCUUUUGGUUCGUCCUUCCAGUACGGGUAUAAUGUCGCUGUCAUCAACUCUCCUGCACCGUUCAUGCAGCAGUUUUAUAACACCACCUACCUGGAGCGUUACGGUCAGCCAAUGGAGGAGAACUUCCUGACGCUGCUGUGGUCACUGUCUGUGUCCAUGUACCCACUGGGAGGCUUCUUUGGCUCUCUGAUGGUCGCUCCCCUGGUCAAUAAUUUUGGGAGGAAGGGCACCCUCCUCUUCAACAACAUCUUCUCUAUCGUGCCCGCUGUGAUGAUGGGAGUCAGUGAGAUCGCCAAGUCCUAUGAGAUCAUCAUUGUGUCGAGGUUUAUCGUGGGCAUCUGUGCAGGUCUGUCCUCUAACGUGGUGCCCAUGUACCUGGGUGAGCUCUCGCCCAAGAACCUGAGGGGAGCACUUGGAAUCAUACCACAGCUCUUCAUCACCAUUGGGAUUCUCAGCGCACAAGUGCUGGGCAUCAGAAACAUACUGGGCAACAGCACAGGUUGGACCCUCAUGCUGGGCUUGACUGGUAUUCCUGCAGUCAUUGAACUUGUGCUGCUGCCCUUCUUCCCAGAGAGCCCCAGGUACAUGCUCAUCCAGAGGAGAGAUGAGGAGACUGCACGGAAAGCACUGCAGCGUCUGCGUGGCUGGGACGAUGUGGACGCAGAGCUGUCCGAGAUGCAUCUGGAAGACCAGUCGGAGAGAGCUGAAGGACAUCUGUCCGUGCUCUCUCUGCUGUCCCAGCGCUCUCUUCGCUGGCAACUGGUCUCCAUCAUCGUCAUGAACAUGGGCCAGCAGCUGUCCGGGGUCAAUGCGAUCUACUAUUAUGCAGACAGCAUUUACGCCACGGCGGGGGUCAAGCAGAAUGACAUUCAGUACGUCACAGUGGGAACAGGAGCCGUAAAUGUCUUCAUGACCAUAGCUGCUGUUUUCAUCGUGGAGGCUACAGGCAGACGGAUCCUCCUCCUCUGCGGUUUCGGCAUCUGCUGUGGAGCGUGUGUGCUGCUCACUGUGGCUCUCAGCAUCCAGGAGACUGUGACGUGGAUGCCGUACAUCAGCAUCACGUGUGUCAUCAUUUACGUCAUCGGACAUGCCAUAGGACCCAGUCCCAUCCCUUACGUGGUGACCACCGAGAUGUUCAGGCAGUCGGCCAGACCUGCCGCCUUCAUGGUGGCAGGAUCCGUGCACUGGCUCUCCAACUUCACUGUCGGCCUCAUCUUCCCCUUCCUCGAGAGAGGCCUGGGCCCGUACAGCUUUAUCAUUUUUUCUGUCAUCUGUCUGCUCACACUAAUCUACAUCUGGCUGGUGGUCCCCGAGACCAAGAACAAGACCUUCUUGGAGAUCUGCCAGAUGUUUGCCAAGAGGAACAAAGUAGAGAUAAAAACUGGUGACGGGGAUCUGCCUCUGAAAGAGAGAAAAGAAAGCCGUGGGGAUGGAGACAAGGUCACGGCCUUCUGAAGAAAAACGAGUGCAUUCAGGAGAGAGGAAGUCUUCACAGUGGGGUGACUGGAACACACUGAAAAUGUUUUAAUUUAGCCUCUGUUUUUUUUAUUUAACAAGAAAUCUUUACACAGUCCCCAAUUGUGUGGGCCGUGUGUGUGUAUGUGUGUGUGUGUGUGUGUGUGUGUGUGCUGUUCUUGCACCACUUUCGGUUUUAUAGCAGAUUGAUUGGGUGCUUGAGUCAUCAAAACAAUGCAAAGUGUCAAUUGUAAGACUUUAUUGACGCUGCAAUCAUGUAAAUACAAUACAAGGUUUAAAGUUUGAAUAUAAUCUGGAUUAAAUGUUGACUUACA